AUGGACGACGACGGCGAGGAUUGCGUGUAUUUCGGGCGCGCGUUGGAGCGCGCGGAGGGCGCGGGGGGGCGCAAGAUGCACCUAGCGCUGGCGGAGGGGCGCGCGAAGCAGGCGGUGCCGCCGUGGCAGCAGGAGGCGCGCGACGAGGAGGGCCGGCGGCGGUUUCACGGCGCGUUCACGGGGGGAUUUUCCGCGGGGUACUUCAACACCGUGGGGUCCAAGGAAGGGUGGCACCCUUCAUCGUUCCGGUCGUCGCGCUCUGCGCGCGCGGAGGUGCGGCAGCAGAGCGUGGAGGCGCUGAUGGACGCCGACGAGCGACACGACGCGCAGCGCAGCGCCGUGGCGGCUCACAGCGCGUUCGACACGUUCGGGUUCACCGCCGCUGAGCGCGCCCGCCACCUCGCCUCCACCGCGGACCGGCGCCCCUCCGCCAUUCCCGGGGGAGCCGUGGCGGAGCUGCUGGCCCCUGCCGCUGACUCCAUCGUGGGAGCAGAGCACAGGCAAAGGACGGCAGGGGGAGUGAGAGGAGGGGAGAGGGUUGGAGAGAGGGGCCUGGGUGGGCGGCGCAGGGCAGGCGGCAUGCAGUCGCUGUUUGCGGCAGGGAGCGGGCGGGUGGCGGGGGGGUUUGGCAUCGGGGCGCUGGAGGAGGCUGGGGCUGAGGACGAGGAUAUCUACGACUCCGGUGACGGAGCAAAGAAAUGGUUGAUUGCGCAUGGUGGCAUGGCACAUUACCAUCCCACCGCGCUGCUUCUCUCCUUACAUGCUUGUCCCCGUUCACUUCCACUCACGCUGCUUCACCUUUUCACACAUGUGCUGCUGUCCUCCCUCACACCCUUCCAACCCCCCUCCAGGUACCCGCCCCCCCACGUGCCCUCCUCCUUCACGCCCCACCACGUCUUCCCCUCCUCCGCACCCCCCUCCGCCUCACCAGCGCCCUCCCCACUCGCCCCGCCACCAGCCCCUCCGCCUGCGGACGAGGCGGUGCGGGCAGCGGUGGAGGGCGUGGCGGCCAUGGUGGCGCGCUGUGGGGCGCACGUGGAGGCGCUGCUCACGCAACAGGCGGGGGGAGGGGCGGCGCACGGCCAAGGGGCGAGGGAGGAAGGGGUAGGAGAGCGCAGUGAGCUUGCCCCGGCGCGGCUGGCGUUCCUGGUGGGCGGGGAGGGCAGUGCUUACUACAGGCGCCGCGUGUGGGAGCUGGCGGAGAGGCACAGGGCGGCGGAAGGCAGGGCAGCAGCGGGCAAGGCGGUGGAGAGCAGUGGGGGGGUGCGGCUGGGGCCUGAUGCUCGGGGUGCGCUGCUGGGCGAGCAGCCGUUGCCUUCCUCCCAGCCUUCCCCUGCCCUGCCUCCAUCAUCUCACCCCACAUCCACCUCUGCUGCUCCUCCUGCUGCACCUUCUGCCUCUCCUGCCGCUCCUUCCCCUCCCACCGCGCCGGCCUUCCAGCAGCAUGGGGCGGCGGCUGAGCUGGCAGCAAUGAUGGCGGCGCGCUUCCACAGCAGCGGGCACGAGGACAGGGCUGGCAAGGCCGGCAUGAGCAGUGAGGGGGCGGCGCUUCCUGCUGCGCCCAGGGAAGACACGGCGCUGGUAGGGGCGGCAGUGGUGGUGGCGAGGCGGAGGGAGGAGGCGUGGAGGCCGCUGCCUCUGCUGUGCAGGCGGUUCAACCUGGCCGACCCGUUCGCGGGGAAGGUGAGAUGGGCGUGUCACCCUAUGGGCGUGUCACCCUGUGAGAUGGGCGUGUCACCCUGUGAGAUGGGCGUGUCACCCUGUGAGCUGCCUGCCCCUCGCCUGCUCUCCCCUCGCCUGCUCUCCCCUCGCCUGCUCUCCCCUCGCCUGCUCUCCCUCGCCUGCUCUCCCCUCGCCUGCUCUCCCCUCGCCUGCUCUCCCCUCGCCUGCUCUCCCCUCGCCUGCUCUCCCCUCGCCUGCUCUCUCCCCUCGCCUGCUCUCCCCUCGCCUGCUCUCCCCUCGCCUGCUCUCCCCUCGCCUGCUCUCCCCUCGCCUGCUCUCCCCUCGCCUGCUCUCCCCUCGCCUGCUCUCCCCUCGCCUGCUCUCCCCUCGCCUGCUCUCCCCUCGCCUGCUCUCCCCUCGCCUUCUCUCCCCUCGCCUUCUCUCCCCUCGCCUGCUCUCCCCUCGCCUGCUCUCCGCUCGCCUGCUCUCCCCUCGCCUGCUCUCCCCUCGCCUUCUCUCCCCUCGCCUUCUCUCCUCUCGCCUGUGCUCGCCCCUCGCCUGUGUUCUCAUCUCCCGCUCUCCCAUCUCCCGCACUCCCAUCUCCCGCUCUCCCAUCUCCUGCUGUUGCCUGUUCCUCUCGCUCUUUUGUCAAUCUGGGUUGUCAUGAAUGCCAUCUUCUCAGACGAUGAAGACAGCGACGGCGAUCCUCGUGCCAUGUCAGCAGCGCCAGGUGGCAUUGAUGACGUGGCAGCAGCAGAAGCUGCCACGCGGGCGCUGGCCCGGCUGGAAGCAGGUGACUUCCUGGAGGGGCUGGGCGAGGAGCUGGGCUUGCAGGUGGACCCGGGGGAGGUGCGACGCGGGGCAGGGGGCGAAGGGCGGCGAGGGGAGAGGGAGGGUGGCAAGGGUGCGGAGGGGGAGAGUAAGGUGGGGAAGGGGAGGGCAGGGAAGGAGCAGGAGGGUGGUGUGUGGGGCCAGGGGGGUAACGGUUCUGGCUUGGCAGGCAGUGCAGGGGGUGCGGUUGCAGCAGAGCGGGUAGAACAAGCAGGAGAAGGCAGGGAGAACAUGACAGGCGGAAGGGGGGGGAGUGAAGCACACGUGAGGGAGGGGCAGCAGGGUGACCAGGGAGGCAGUGCAGGUGGUAUGGGUGAUGCAGAUAGAGGCACGAGAGCAGUGAGAGCGAUGGGAGCAGCAGUGAGGGGGACUACUGUGGGAGCGACAGCAGCAGCGAGAGGAGGCACAUCAAGAGCAAACGGCGGCGGCGUGGUGACAAAGGGGGGCGCAAGAGGCACAAGUAGUGACAUGAUGGGUGAAACCGAUGUGUUGUGA